CUUUCAAAACCGUCCAAAAUGACCGCCGCCGCAAGCUCUUUCAAGCCCGAGGCGACAAACUCGCUGGUCAUCCUAUUCGACCACUUUACCGACAGCGCCUGCGACUCGGCUCGCGAAGCCCUGCAAGCACACGGCCCCCUGUGGCACUUUGCGAAGCUAAAGUCCUUUGAGCGCUGCCUCGCCGUCUUCACCCACACUGUAGACGCCCAGUCCGCAAUGCGCAGCCUCAACCUGACCACCCUGCCGCCAGACAACAACACCAUUCGCCUGUACUAUUCCAUGCACACGUCGCUUUCACAGACUCAGGGCCACUUUCUCGAUGUCCCUGCGCAGGAGAGGCUCUGGCUUAUUUCGCCGCCGGGCUCCCCAUCCAUUAACUGGAGGCAGACGCGAGAGGACCCGCCCAACUCUGUCCACCUCGACUCCCGCAUCCACGCCGCCCUGAGGGAGCUCAGCAUGGGGCAGUUUAUC